AUGCCAUUAUAUGAACAAAUGCAUGCAUAUGUUCGAGAUCGUUUAUGUUCAAUGUAUAAAAAUCGUUUUAAUUGUAGUGUACCUAUUUCAGCUCAUAUUCUCGGAAAUAUGUGGUCUCAAAUAUGGCAUGAUCGUUUUGAUGAUGUUAUUCCUUAUCCUGAUGCUCUACUUCUUAAUAUGAGGGUGUGGGUAACAAUGAAAAAAUAUCGUGUAACUCAAGGUAACGAUGCUUAUUUAUUAGCAAUAUCACAUGUCAAUGAAAAUGAUGAAUGUCAAUAUACAUGUAAAGCUGAAAAUUCACCUGGAGAAAAAGCAUGGGAUAUUGGUGUGACUGAAGAGAUGAUCAACACCCACACUCACACCGACCAUCGAUUCAGUUCUUCCGAUCAUUCGAGAACUUAG